AUGGCACCACAACAAGAAAGUAUAAAGGGUCUCAAGCAAAGAGCAAGAAGAUUAUCUAACCCUAAUGAUUUACAAGAACCAAACUUACUCUUAGACCCAGGGAAUCAUCCCUCCUCUCAUUUCCGAGAACGUAUGAAAUCCAAUUUCAGAUAUCAAAUGCGAGAGAAAUUAGUAAAAUUCACAACGAAUCAAUCAGAUCAAUUAUUCAUAUGGCAAUCCAAAUAUAGAUCAUAUUGGAAUGAUUUAUUCUUCUCAUACACAGCAAUGAUGGGAUCGCAUACAUUCUAUGUGAUUUUCUUACCAAUGCCUGUAUGGUUUGGUAAUUAUGAAAUGACAAAAGAUUUAGUUUAUAUAUUAGGGUAUUCUAUUUACUUGAGUGGGUUUUUUAAAGAUUAUUGGUGUUUACCAAGACCGAGAGCACCACCUUUACAUAGGAUUACGUUGAGUAAAUAUACUGAGAAGGAAUAUGGUGCUCCAAGUUCUCAUACCGCGAAUGCCACUGGGGUAGCGUUUUAUUUCAUUUGGAAAUUAUUCUUUAUGGGGCAAAACAAUGACAGGUUGUUGUUGUUACAUUGGAAAAAAUUUGGUUUGAUUUUAAUGGUUUUGUUCUAUUACUUCACUUUAGUAUUGGGUAGAAUAUAUUGUGGUAUGCAUGGGUUAUUAGAUUUAAUUAGUGGUGCAGUUAUUGGUACCUUUUGUACUAUCGUUAGAUUAAGUCUGAGAAAUUAUUUCUUAGAGGAUUUCCAAUGUGCCUCACAUAUAUGGUUCCCUCUUUGGAGUAUUGGGUUAGGAUUAUUUUUAUUAUUUAAUCAUAUUGAACCAAUUGAUGAAUGUCCAUGUUUUGGUGAUAGUGUUGCAUUUAUUGGAGUUGUUUCCGGGUUAGAGAUUGGUGAUUGGAUAAUGAAUAGAUUUAAUUUAAACUUGGUUUAUUCAAUUCAUUAUCAAGGAUUAUUCAAUAGUAUUAUGAGAACCGUAGUUGGUGUUUCAUGUGUUAUUAUUUGGAAAUACGCGUUAAGUAAACCAUUGGUUUAUCAAUUUUUAAUUAAGAUUUUACGUUUCAAGGACGAUAGGAAAGAAAAGGCUUUACUACACGAAAAGAGUGCGAAAGAAAAUGCAAAUGAAUGUCCUUUAUUUAUCGGAUUCCCGAAAAUUGAUAUAAUUGGAAGAUUUAUCAUAUAUGCUGGAAUUCCAAUGGUCGUGGUACUGGUAACACCUAAGGCAAUUUCUUAUUUCAAUCUCUGA